GUCUAAUUGAAUCAUUUUUCAAAUCGCAGCAAUCUACUUUACGUAAAAAACAUUUCAAGUGGCAUUUUCAACUCGUUCACUUCAUCAGUAUUCCCGCAAGUUCUAGUCAAAAUUCAUAAAAUGCGAGGUUGGGGAUUCCGUGAAGCGCUGAAAUAUCCGUUGUUGUGGCCCCUGUACGGUCUCUGCAUUGCGGAUCUCUCCUGGCUUACUUUCAGUGCCACUCGUACCCUAUUGUUCAAUCCGGACGUGACCCUGGACCACAAUAACAACCCGGAACCGUGGCAAGCCUAUCGCGAGGGACGCUAUCGGCUCUGGGCCGGAAAUUACGACUAUUCUAAACUUAAAUGCAAAGCUCCAAUCUUCAAGGAUAAUGAUGUGAUUCCAGUUGAAAAUGGAACCGACUAGCGAAAGGAAUUGCCCUUGGUCAAAGGAUUCCCGCCAAUAAUCAAGUGAGAAUGCAUCGAUGUGGUAACUUACUUUCAUUGAUUCUAUUUUAUUAAACUAUCAAGCUUACACACCACAA